UGGCACAACCGGCAGGAGCAAUCUAAAGCCUUUCUAUUAGAAAUACGUAACGUCAUAAAGGUAUACGGACAUGAGGCGUACUUGCGAAGCACUGUAAAGCUAUUUCCAUAUGGAAUAUAAACUCGGAAUACAAGUGUUUCUCCUAUUGUUUUGGAGAUCGGCUUCAGAUGCACUGGUGUCGGAGAAUGACGGAGGCUGGUCGUCAAAUUCAGAAUACAGUUUGACUGACGAGGGUCCUUGCAACAUUGACAUCUGGGACAAAGCUUCGUUAUCACAUCGCCAGUUUAUCCAACAAUAUGCCUACUCCAAACCAGUCAUCCUGAAAGGUUUCUCUGACAAUACGAAAUUCCAGUUCUUGUGCUCCAAGUCGAGCCUGCUGCAGCAGUAUGGAGAGAGGAUGGUGAGGCUCAGUACUGCCAACACCUACUCUUACAGGAAAGUGGAUGUCCGGUUUGAGGAGUUUGUGGACUUGCUGCUGAGGCCUCAGUCUAUGGACACACUGGGCAGUGACACUCUGUAUUUCUUUGGGGACAACAACUUCACGGAGUGGCACUCUCUGUUUGAGAACUACAAGGCACCACGCUACAUGCUGCCUCACACCACGGGGGCCUACAGCUUCGGGAUCGCAGGCCCGGGAACCGGUGUACCCUUCCAUUGGCAUGGACCUGGCUACUCUGAGGUCAUCUAUGGCAGGAAGCGCUGGUUCCUGUACCCCCCGGACAAGGCGCCCCAUUUCCACCCCAACUACACCACCCUGUCCUGGGUCAAAGACACAUACCCUUACCUGCUUGAGGAGAAGCCCAUAGAGUGCACCAUCCGGCCAGGAGAGGUGCUGUAUUUCCCUGACCGCUGGUGGCACGCCACGCUCAAUCUGGACACCAGUGUCUUCAUAUCCACGUUCCUGGGCUGACCCUGCAACAGACUACGGGUCAUUGCCCCGUGACCAAAGCCCUGUUAGAAUACUUUCAACAUUCAUCAUUCCUUUUUCCCCUCUGAGGAAAUCAUAGAUUUCUUGCACAGUUCAACACCCCCUCCCCUCAGAUAGCACAGUUCACACACACACACACACACACACACACACACACACACACACAGUGGUUCCUGAUUAGUGAGGGGGAGCAGGAAGGAUGCACUUUUCAAAAAGUAUCAUGUCAACUGAAAACUGCCCCAAAAAGUCAUCAAAAGCUAUAUUUCCGUUGUCGUCAUAACUACUAUGUAGAUCAGUGUUCCAUCUGUUCAGAGACAAAGAAACAAAGCGGUCAAAGACUAUUGGAAGGUCUACUGACCAAUAGGAGAUGAGUGUGGCUUGUUCUGACUGUAUUCCCUGGAAGUCACACACUGUUUUCCUGCCUUUCCACUCCUGGGACUUUCCCCAUUGGUUCCAUGGUACCGGGCCAACUAGGGCAAAUGCAGCUAAUAUAUUUGACAUUUAUUUUUAAAGAAAAUAAAGUACUUGAAAAUAA